AUGCCACAAGACACGUACUUUCGCCGUGCCAUUGAUUGGAUGUACGGAGAUGAUGCCUACCUUCAAAACUUGCCAACGAAGGAUUUGGGCAACAAACACAUUAACGAGCUUCUUGGCCGGCACCCCUACCAUCCAUACGAUCCCGAUAUGAAGGCUGACAAUCCUUGCUACAAGUUCAACACACUCUUUCACGAGUGCAUGGAGGCGGAUCACGUGAAUGGGUAUGAGCUUUAUCAGAAGCAUGUGGCCUGCUACUUCCCAUACAAGGUAGAUUUGAUGAAGUGCAUCGCCACAGAGAAGCGGCGCCAUCGCAUGGAGAUGGAGGCUCUAGAAGCCAAAGGUCCGAAAAGCUGA